CGCAGGUCAGGAGCUCCUCCAGUUCGUAGCUAGACGUCGUUCACUGCACGCCUCCUGUCGCAGACGCGUAUAUCUUGACCAGACCGCCUGCGCGCGUGCGCUGACUCCGGGGAAGCCGCUGCUAUCGAAGCUGCCGUGACUCGCGCAACGUGGUGCCUCAGACAAUCGUUGAUCAGUCGCUCCGCCGCCCUUGGUGACACCGAGCAUCAAGACAUCGAAGCCACCUAUCCUUCGCACCACCACGGCACACCCUGCACAUCCUGCACAUCCUCUGCACGCGUUUCCCGGCUCCCGCUGCUGAUGACAACGCGACUCGGGCCUUGAAGUCACCAUGGUGUCGACCGUCGCAUGGGCCGUAAUGCGCCAAUUGCUGAAGCGAGAUGCUGUCGAUGCAGACCCAGAUGAAGAAGCCCCAGAGGCAGGCCAGAAGGAGAUCUUCACAUCAUGGGCGCUUUCGAUAUUGAUCGUGCUGCUCAUCAUCGCGCUCUUCACAAGCUACAUUAUGCAGACGCGCAAAAUCCAGGCAGUUCACGAGACUGUCCUGUCCAUCUUCGCCGGUAUGGUCGUUGGCCUCGUGCUGCGACUGACUGCAGUGGGUUCGGUCUUGGACGCAGUCAGCUUCGACUACCAGAUGUUCUUCAACCUCCUACUGCCACCGAUCAUUCUCUCAGCUGGCUACGAACUGCAUCAAGGCAACUUCUUCCGACACAUUGGGAGUAUCCUUACCUUUGCUUUCGCUGGCACAUUCAUAUCCGCCGUCUCGCUCGGGCUCAUCCUGUUCCUUUGGACCCGUAUCCCUCUCGAUGGCUUCAAAAUCAACUUUGUCGAAGCCAUGUCAGUUGGCGCUACGCUCUCAGCCACCGACCCCGUUACGAUUCUCGCCAUCUUUGACACCUACAAAGUCGAACCGAAGCUGUAUACCCUCAUCUUUGGCGAAUCUAUCCUCAACGACGCCGUUGCUAUCGUCCUUUUCGAGACCGCACAAAAGUAUAAGGACGGCGCUGAGACACUUGGCAUCACAAGCUUGUUCGAAGCUUUUGGCAUCUUCUUCGGCGUCUUCUUUGGAAGUCUGUUCAUUGGUGUCAUGGUCGGAAUCGUCGCAUCGUUGACACUCAAGUUUACAUAUGUCAGACGCUAUCCCAAGACAGAAACAUGUCUCAUCAUCCUGGUCGCCUAUCUCACAUACUUCUUCUCCAACGCUAUUCACAUGUCCGGCAUUGUAUCUUUGCUCUUCUGCGGCAUCUGCCUCAAGCAUUAUGCGUACCACAACAUGUCUAGGCGCACUCAGUUGUCGACGAAGUUUGUCUUCCAGGUCACCUCGCAACUGUCGGAGAAUUUCAUCUUCAUCUACCUCGGACUCUCGCUUUUCACAGACAAGCAGCUUGACUUCAAGCCUCUCUUCAUCCUCAUCACCGUCUUCGGCAUCUGCGCUGCUCGCUGGGCAGCCGUCUUCCCCCUUUCGAAAGCUAUCAACGCUGUCUCGAGAUACCGCCAGCGACGCCGUGGUGUCGAAACGACCGAAGAGGAAAUUCCGUACGCCCACCAGGCCAUGAUCUACUGGGCAGGACUACGUGGUGCAGUCGGUGUUGCUCUUGCAGCAGGUCUGACAGGCAACAAUGGCGAUACCCUCCGUGCUACGGUGCUUGUGGUGGUUGUGUUGACUGUCAUUAUCUUCGGUGGUACCACGGCACGUAUGUUGGAGAUCAUGGGUAUUCGCACUGGAGUGGUGGAAGAGAUUGACUCUGAUGACGAGUUCGACAUCGAAGUGGUCAAUGGCGGCACGUUCCAGCGCAACGCGGGCUCAGGUAUAGGGCACACGCCUAAAUCUAGCCAGAACGGCUUCGGGCUGACCAACGUGAAUGGCGCAUACUCGAGCGGCUCCCUGAACCGCAACAGCCCACCUACGCGACCGAACGGACAACCAAUGCGACGCAACUCUAGCAAACAACGCUCUGCAGAUGGUGCCGACCGAGGCCUUCUCAGCCCUGGCGACAGUAACUCCGCAGACGAGGACGAUGCAGACCUUGAUUUGCCGCCAAGCGUGCGCAGGUCGCCAAACCGACAAUCCUCCCCACUUGACACAACAAUCGACCCUCUUUACCCGACCUCAGGUCAUAGGAUGGCUGAGACUGGGCCAACAGAGGGGUCGAGCAGAGUGGCCACAGCGACGGGUGCAGUAAAGCAGCUGUUCAACGAUAUCAGCCAUGACCCGGCAAGCGCAUUCAAGCAGAUUGAUGAUGGGUUCUUGAAACCGCAUUUGCUUCUCGACCCCGGGCAUGGUAAGCCUGGGCCAAGCAAUGUGUGAAGGUUGGAUAUUUUAGCAUUUGAGCAUCUCUGGCGUUAUUGGGAGUGUGCAUCAUUACAUCGUUCUACGGAACUGGUGAUACAUGUUACGAACGCCGUGACUACAAAAUCUCGCGGCGCAGUUAGGCUGUAGCAUUAUGCCUGAUCCAAGUUGGCAGGCUGUUGAAUUGACUUGUUCAUCCCAC